CAGCUUCAGCCUCUCAGAGAAACUCGGACCAUGGAGCAUAAACUGGACCUGUCCCGUCUGACAGAUGAAGAAGCCAAACAUGUGUGGGAGGUGAUCCAACGAGACUUCAACCUCCGGAAGAAGGAAGAGAACAGACUCUCGGAUCUGAAGAAUCAAAUUGAGAAGGAGGACACAAAGCGGGAGCUACUGGGGGCUCAAACAAAUGUGGCAGACUCGUUAUGCAUCCGCUGCCUUCAGCCCUUCAAGUUUCUGGUCAACAGCAAACGUCAGUGUCUGGACUGCCACAUGUACACCUGUAAGUCCUGCAGCCGCUACAACAAGAAGGAGCACGGCUGGGUGUGUGACAACUGCCGCAUGACCAGAGUCUUAAAGAUUGGGACUCUGGGUUGGUAUCACGAUAACAUGAGAAACCGUUUCAAGCGCUUUGGCAGUGCGAAAGUGAUGAGGUCACUGUACAAGCGUCUGAGCGGAGAUGGUGGUCAUGAGGACGACACUCAGAGUAUGCCAGACGUCCGCAGCCAAAUGCAAAACGGUAACGAGGAUGAUCCAGGAGAGGCCGAGGCCCAGCGUUACAAAGUGAUGAGAAAGAAUAAACGCCUGCUGUCAGUUCAUCCCAUGGACUUUGACUCUGAGGAUUAUCUUCCUCAUUCACGCCGCCCAUCAGUACAGAUGCAAGAUGAUCGGUGUUACAGGAAUGAUGUGGACUAUGACUAUUACAGCCACCGAGCAAACCGCAGAAAGAGUCUGGACCGCUAUGCCAUGAGACCAGAUGACUAUGCAGAAAACCGGAUUGUAAGAACUCGCUCUCUAUCUAAGAUCAGCUCCUCGAUUGCUCGGCAGCAGUAUGUCGACACUUCAGAUGAGGACGAGUACCCCAGGUACCCCCCCAUGUACCAACAACCUCCCCACCGCCGGAGGAACAGCAGAACCACCUCACAGGAGAACCUUGGACAAGCACCCCCAAUAAACGAACUGAACAAACGGAUGUCAGCCAUUGAGAAUCUGCUGAGCCGCCUGGAGGAAAAGAUCACGCCAGCUGACGAGGCAUCCACUGCCUCAGCUCAGGUGGAGGAGGAGAAGCUGAGGAAGAAACUGAGCGAGCUGGCCGGGAAUGUGAGUGAUAAAGGCCUGUCUUCAGAUGACGAGGCCAUGAAGAAGCCAUUUUCUUUAGGAAGAGCAUCGUCUGGUACCAGACCAGGGGCUCUUCUGGAUUCUCUGAAGGACAAAGAACUGAGUUCGUCCAGUGACGAGUUACCAACGGAGGCUCAGAAGAGAUCUGCGGCCGCUGCCCUCUGUGACCUCACCACUGAGGUCCUGAGAACCGUUAACGCCACAGAAAACGCCAUGGUUGAGUACGGCCUCUCAGAGCCGACCGACAGGUCGCUGUUAGUCGGCGCUGAUGUAAAGCAGGCCGAUGAUGCAUUCAGGGAACUUGAGGAAAAUGUGUACGUCACAGCCGGCCACUCGUUUGAGCUGGAGACGAAGCUGCAGCGCCUCGAGCGAAGCGCCAAGAACCGUUUGGGAGGAGCGACAGACUCCGAGCUGUCCGAGCUGUCCGAGCUGGAGGACGUGGUGGCCCUGACCGCCGCCAGGGUCCAGAGCGCCGAGAGCGAGGUGUCGGACAUCGAGAGUAAGCUUGCAGCUCUGAGCGCCAAGAAGAAGGUUUUUGGAUCUCAUCAGAAGAAGAAUACCUCACCAGAUUUACCCAAAACUAACGGCACCACAUGGAGAUCAAACAUGUUCUGA